GAGGCCACGCAAGAAAACGAGGGGCGAGUUUUGAGACUCGGGAGCAAUACAGAGGAAGACAUCCCUUAUAAUACGAUAAUUUCUCACUGGUUUAACCGUAACUAAUCUAAAGCAUGUUUAUGCUGAAGUCAUAUAGAAUCUUAAAAUUUUGAGGAAGAUAAAACUGCAAUCCAUGGCCAGGUAGGACACUGAAUUACACUUACGAUUAGUUUAUUGGAAAAAAUAUUAGCUUGACGGGUACAAAGUGUAAAUUGAUAUAAAAUUCUCAAAAUUUCCUUCCAACUGAACAUACGUCAUACAACCAAACGUUUCCAUACAUCAGAUAAAGAGUUAGAAAACAACACUUUUCAGUGCAGCUGGUAGACAAACAAAAUGAAGAACUGGAAUAUGAAAUAACUAGAAAGCCAUCGGAACUGUUCAGCUAUGCAAAUGGUUCCGGCAGCCAAUUACAAAAUGUAUGAAAAAUAUUGAGGAAUUGAAUUUCAUAUUCAGUCUUUUCAUUUUUCAAAUAUUACUGAUGACAAUUAGGAAGAAAAAUAAUCAGCAUAACUCACUGUUUCACAAAUAGAGUAAAGGGCUUUAAUCAGAAGUCGAAACAAAUAAGCCGGUAUACAUUUACACUUAUUAAAAUUUCCUCUUUUAAUUAAAUAAUACACGAACGAGCCAUUAAAAGGAACAAUGUCAUGCCACGAUCGUGCCGCGGAUAUGAAAGUGGAUCUGUCGACUUGAAAAGUUAUUUUAGUUUCCCAGGUGACUGCUACUAGCUAACCUAAUGGGUAUUUGACAGGUUCGCAGCAUAAUAAAUGGAUCAGCUUCCAGUCUAGCUGCUUCCUUUUCAACUGGCCAUUAACAUUAAAUAACAAUGACGCCAAAGUGGAAUGGUUUAUCUCGCCUUCUCCAAGUAUAUACCCUCGCCCUGUGCUCCUUUUACGGUAAGAGUUUAAUAAAACGUAGUUUGCGGAAUAUAACACAAAUCAGCUAAUACACAAAAAGACAUACAAAUCGUGUAAACACUAGAGCAAACGUGUUAUACUUAAAUAGUAAAAAGGAAAAUUUCAUCGCAAACAAAGUUUAAAUGCUGCUUACACAAAGUUACUGUUUUUUUACAAUGAAAAUUUUAAAGCUUUAGAGCAACGUUGAUAGUGCCUUUUGAUUCAAUCUCUAGAAGGAAGGGAGACUUUAUAACACAGUGUAUACUCCGUCUCCGUAAACCGGGAACAUCAGUUACCGAAGUCGUGUAAUUGAAUUGGUUUCAAGUGUUGUGAACACAUGAUCUAAUGUAUUAUGACUUACCAUAUUUUUUAUAGAUACGUUUCUCUUUGAUAGAAAAUUUUUAAACAGAAACCUCGGAUUGAGGCCGAAAACAAAUUUUCUUUCGUUAUCGUUUCGUCAUCUAAGUUAUCUAACUGAAGCAAGAAAGAAAAUUUGUACACGCCGGGUAAAUAUAAAAUGCUGUUAAAAAUCAGGGAAUUGGAGGUUUUUGAUGAAAUAUGUCCUAAACUAACAUUGAAUUUUAAGCGUUUAGUUCCGCUGGCGACCAGCUAAGCUGACUCAGUUUUCAGUUUACUCACACUUAUUCAAGAAAAGUACAUAAAUACAAUAAUACGAGGAACUAAAAAGGAAGGAAAUCAGAGCUAGUAUACAUGUUACAAUAAAUAUUACAUUGGAAAAAUGUGUAGGGGCCAAAGGAGCAAAGCUUUCGGGUCGGCCACGACUCAGUUUCCUAGAUCUAGCCAAGAAAUUAAUGAGUGCAUUUGUGAAGGCGGGUUUUAUAUCCUGAGCUGUUAUCAAGAGCUCUGUUUCCGUAAGGGGGAACUCGGUUGGCUUUUUUUAACCCGGAUGAAAAGGCAGGCUCGGUUACCAAAGCAAAAAGGUUGGUUAUUUUUUCAUGUUACGCUUACGCCAAAUAGAUAUAUCCGUCAUGUAAUAGUAAUAGACUGUUUAUCUCCCUGUAUACCCCUGUAUACCCAUGUAUACCCUGUAUACCUAUGUAUACCCAUGUAUACCUUGUAUACCCUGUAUACCCAUGUAUACCUUGCAUACCCUGUAUACCCCUGUAUAGCCUGUAUACCCAUGUAUACCCUGUAUACCCAUGUAUACCCUGUAUACCCUGUAUACCCCUGUAUACCCUUUAUACCCCUGUAUACCUUGUAUACCCUGUAUACCUUGUAUAUCCUGUAUACCCAUGUAUACCCUGUAUACCUUGUAUACCCUGUAUACCAAUGUAUACCUUGUAUACCCUGUAUACCCUUGUAUUCCCUGUAUACCUUGUAUAUCCUGUAUACCCAUGUAUACCUAUGUAUACCCAUGUAUACCCUGUAUACCCAUGUAUACCUUGUAUACCCUGUAUACCCAUGUAUACCCUGUAUACCCAUGUAUACCUUGUAUACCCAUGUCUACCUUGUAUAUCCUGUAUACUAUGUAUACCCAUGUAUACCCUGUAUACCUAUGUAUACCUUGUAUACCCUGUAUACCCUGUAUACCCAUGUAUACCCUGUAUACCUAUGUAUACCCAUGUAUACCUUGUAUACCCUGUAUACCCAUGUAUACCUUGUAUACCCUGUAUACCCCUGUAUACCCUGUAUACCCAUGUAUACCCUGUAUACCCUGUAUACCCAUGUAUACCCUGUAUACCCCUGUAUACCUUGUAUACCCAUGUCUACCUUGUAUAUCCUGUAUACUAUGUAUACCCAUGUAUACCCUGUAUACCUAUGUAUACCUUGUAUACCCUGUAUACCCCUGUAUAGCCUGUAUACCCAUGUAUACCCUGUAUACCCAUGUAUACCCUGUAUACCCAUGUAUACCCUGUAUACCUUGUAUAUCCUGUAUACCCAUGUAUACCUUGUAUACCCUGUAUACCCAUGUAUACCUUGUAUACCCUGUAUACUCUGUAUACCCUGUAUACCCAUGUAUACCUUGUAUACCCCGUGUACUCUGUAUACCCAUGUAUACCUUGUCUACCCUGUAUACCAAUGUAAACCUUGUAUACCCUGUAUACCCAUGUAUAAAGCCGUUUUUCUUCGAAUGGAAAAUUUAUCGACAAAAGAAAGCUUUUUCAGCCAACACAAGAUUUCACAUUCUUUAGAUGUCCCAAAAUUGAACACGCAAGGGCUAUUUUAUAAAAUGAAAUUGAUAAAGAAUCGGCUGGACAUCCUCAAUUAAUCAUAAUCCACACCGGAACAAAUGAUCUUACUACAACCACGCCAAUAGACGACUUCAUCUCUGAUAUAUCUGUAUUAAUCACUCAAGCAUCUACAAAGUUUCCAAAGAGCAAAAUCGUUUAUUCAACUCUCUUGCCGCGAACUGAAAUUCCCCUGCAUACUUUAUCCAAAAUAAACACAAACCUUAUUGACAGCUGCUCAAAACUACCAAACGUCCAUCUAGUUAAUCAUGACAAUAUCUUCUCCAAGGGAACUGAAGUGUUGCAUGACAGAAAACAUCUUAAAAAAAGACACCUUGGUUUGUUCGCAGCAAACUUAAAAGCAGCCAUUCGUGGUAGAGGAAAACCACCUCGCGCCAACUCCAGCCAAUUGUACCGAUCCUCACUCUCUUCGCCGCACUCGUUUCACACUAGCCCUUCGGAAGGCUAUCCUCCCUCCAGCAAUGGUGUUCGGAACAUACACAGCCAAGUCCACCAAACUUCGCGGCAGCAACAACCUUUACCUUCCCGUUUCCCAUAUACAACUUCCUCGGGUGAUGCCUCUUAUAGUAAUGCUGUUAAAAACGGUCACAACACCUACAACAUUCCGCAAUCACCGCAACAGCAACAGAACUUUCCGCCGCAACACUACAAUGUACAGAGCUUCUCUCCGUCUCACUUAGCGGCAGUGGGACCGAUUCCUUCUGUUCCUCUCCAAAACGACUGUGCUGUUGGAAAAGUCCCGGCAGUUGAAAUCCCAAAGGAACUGGUAUCUUUAAUCCAAUUUUUUGAGACCCUUGUAUAAUAUCUUAUACAUAACCCACAACUUUCAAUGCUAGUUGUUAGCUAGUUUCCCGGGAUAUCUGAUUUAAGCUCUCUUUUUUUCAGGUACUAAGUUUGAUACAACAUGCCAGGGCCCUUAAGCUUCCCCAGCAAAUUAUCUUUUUUUGCUUGGAACAUUAAUGGGCUAUCGUCGAAAUUAUUAGCGGAAAAAUUGCAAAAUUUGGAUUGUAAAAACUUGAUUAAUUCUUUUGAUUUCGUAUUUCUCUCCGAACAAUGGAAAAAGUGACUGUGGAAGAAAACGGUUACAAGAUUGUGACUACAAAUAACUUGAAAACAAGAAAAUGCGGACGUAACUCGGGUGGAUUAGCUCUGCUCUACAAAGUAAAGUUUGACGAUUGGAUUUCAGUGCAAAAAGAAUGACCAAAUUUUUAUGGUUUUAAGUAGUAAUCGCUACACAAAAACUACAAAAGACAUUUAUGUCUGUGGAACGUACAUUCCACCAUAGAAUUCUCGCUACUUUCGACCUUAACUAUUUGAAGAGGUUGAAAGCGACAUCGAGAAAUUAUCCUCCCUUGGUUCAAUUCUUAUUAUGGGAGACUCCAGAGUAGGCAAACACCCGCACAGUGUUUGUCAAGAAGGUAAUAAGAUAAUAACAAACGAUUUUUCUGAAUCUUCGUUAUGCGCCACCCAAAGAAAAAGUUUUGACAAUGAUUUGAAUAAUCACGGAAAACGACUCUUGGAAAUUUGUAGAAGCGCGGAUUUAAGAAUUUUAAAUGGUAGAAUUAAUGGCGACUCGUUAGGCAGACCUGCAUUUCAUGGUAAAUCGGGAAUCAGUGUCAUUGAUUACUCCGUAUGUGACCAAGAUUUGCUACGAAAUAUAACAUCUUUUGUAGUGAAAGAGCCGAACAGUUUAUCAGAUCAUAGUCCAAUAAUAACAUGGCUUAAGGUUAACCGUCAUUUAGAUAAUGAUUCAUCAAACGAGGCAAUUAUAAAUGAUUCUUUCACUCCUCUACCAAAACAGUUUUUGGGAAAACGAUUCGUCACAAAAAUUUAGAGCUACAUUACAGUCUGAAGACAUUCAAAGAAUGAUCCACGAUUUUAUGAAUACUACAACAAUCACGAGAAAUGUUGACAUGAACCUUCAUGCUGUAGAAAAUAUUCUUAUUUCAACCGCCAAACGCUGUUUGAAGAUCAAAACAGCAAAAAGCGACGUUGCAAAAUAUCUUCGAACAAAAAAAUGGUUCGACAAAGAAUGCCGCUAUAAAAGACAUGAACUGCGGAAACUUUCUAAUCAAAAACAUAGAGAUCCUCUAAACACUACCCUCAGAGAAGAGUUUCACAACGUCUUAAAACAAUAUAAAAACCUUUUGAAACAUAAGAGAAACGAAUACUAUAGCAAUAAGAUCUGUGAACUUGAAAAUACGGUCGAAAAUUCGAACAAUAAGAGCUUUUGGAACUGUUUGAAGUCAAUGGACGACACUAUGAAGGAAACCUACACCCCUCCAAUUUCUGAAGAAAAAUGGAUGUCCCACUUUCAAUCUUUGCACUCGAAUGAACCCCUUAAUGAACAGCAGGAGGCAAUUAUAGAUGAGUUGCAGAAUUCAGAGGAUACUACGUCACGAUCUCACUCCUUGGAUUACCUCAUCACUGAAAGUGAAAUUCGCACUGCAGUUGGAAAACUCAAAAACAACAAAUCUUCUUUUUCAGACAAAAUCAAAAACGAAAUGAUCAAAUCUAGCCUAAACGAAUUAAUGCCUGUUUAUCUAAAACUAUUUAACACGGUCCUCGACUUAGGAACUAUGCCGCAAAUGUGGUGUGAUGGCCUCAUUACACCAAUUUUUAAAUGUGGUACUAAAAGCGAUCCAUCAAACUACCGUGGAAUUUGUAUUUCCAGUUGUAUUGGAAAACUAUUUUGUUCAAUUCUCAGUCAGAGACUUCUAAAGCACGUUGACUUAAAUAAUAUACUUCGCAAGUUUCAAAUUGGUUUUCUAGCAAAUAAUAGAACAGCAGAUCAUGUCUUCACACUUCGAACAUUAAUAGACAAAUAUGUUCAUUGUCACAAGGAGAAAAUAUAUGCGUGUUUUGUUGACUUUAGGAAAGCCUUUGAUUCGGUUUGGCAUGAUGGGCUUCUCUAUAAGUUAUCUAAGAUCAAUGUCCAAGGAAAGUUUUAUAGUCUAAUUAAGAGUCUAUACUCGAAGUCUACCUGCUCUGUCAGGAUUGGAAAUAACAAAACGCGAUCUUUUCAAUACGCAAGAGGAGUGCGGCAAGGCUGCAUUUUAAGCCCUCUGCUCUUUAACUUAUACCUCAACGAUCUAGCGUUCUCAUUUGACAAUGUUUUAUCAGACCCCUUCGUGUUACCAAAUGGCACCAGACUCAACUCUCUCCUUUACGCAGAUGACUUGAUAAUAUUAUCGCGAUCCAAACUUGGUCUACAAAACUGCCUUAACGUACUAUCUUCAUAUUGCAACUCAUGGAUGCUUAGAAUAAAUCCUAAGAAAACCAAAAUAAUGAUUUUUCAACGAUGCACACGAAAAUGUGAACAUAACUUCCGCAUAGGCAAUGAAGUAAUCGACGUUGUCCAAAACUAUACUUACUCAGGAACUCGAAUUACAUCUUCCGGAAAUUUUACACUUUCGCUUGAACAUCUCCGACAAAAAGCUCUUCACGCGCUCUUCAGCCUCAGGCGACACACGGAUUUGAAUAAUCUUAAGCCCUCACUUGCGUGUAAAAUUUUUGACUCUAUGAUUUCACCAAUUCUAACCUACAACAGCGAAGUUUGGGGUGCUUUUGUUAAAUCAGAUUUUAAGUCCUGGGACAGCUCCGCAAUUGAAAAAACCCAUUUGCAAUUCUGUAAACGUUAUUUACAAGUACAUAACAAGGCAUCCAACAUUGCUUGUAGAGCUGAACUCGGUAAAUUUCCCAUGAUCAUUGAUAUAAAUAAAAAGAUUCUAAAUGACUUAGACUAUCUGAGAGGUAAGGAUGAAGAUUCUAUAGUUAAACAGGCCUUACAAAUUUCAAUUGACCUUCAUCAUAACGGAAAAACUAGCUUUUACUCUAAUCUCAUGAAAAUGGUUGACUACUAUGAUCUAAACUAUGACUUUUCCUGUAAUUCAUUGAGUGACUCAAUAGUUAAUAGGUAUAUCGGCAUAAUGAAAAAUAAAUACGUCUCUUACUGGAAUCAGACACUUCAACAAUCACAAAAACUCAGUUUUUAUUGUACAAUCAAAGACAACUAUAGCCCCUCGCCGUACCUAGUUUUAACAAGAAAAAACCCUUCGAGAAAAACAUUAGUUAGAUUUAGAAUAAGUAGUCAUCAACUUAGAAUUGAAACAGGUAGAUACGAAAACAUUCCUCGCAAUGAAAGGAUAUGUCACUUUUGUACAAGUAAGAAAAUCGAAGAUGAAAAUCAUUUCUUACUAGAUUGUAAGGCUUAUUCUCAGAUCAGAGACAUAUUUUUCUCGAAACUAGAAACUAAAAUACCUGACUUCAAAUCACUUUCACACGAUACUUUAAUAUCUCUUCUUAUGAAUUCUUCUGAUUAUUUAAUUAACUGUCAAUUAGUUUCAUUUAUCUCGCAAUGCUUUGAAUUAAGGACCAAAUUAAUAUCAAUGAAUGAAUGAAUGAGAACUGUCACGUUUUGUAAUGUUUUGCACGUACUAAUUAGUUGAAUUAGUACUUAAAUUUAGAUUAAUAGCUUUUGCAAUACUGUAAUUCCUUUAUGGUCAUGCAAAUAAAGCUUUUGGUGUUGUUGUUGUUGUUAAUGUAAACCUUGUAUACCCAUGUCUACCUUGUAUAUCCUGUAUACUAUGUAUACCCAUGUAUACCCUGUAUACCUAUGUAUACCUUGUAUACCCUGUAUACCCCUGUAUACCCUGUAUAUCCAUGUAUACCCUGUAUACCCAUGUAUAUCCUGUAUACCCAUGUAUACCCUGUAUACCUAUGUAUACCCAUGUAUACCCAUGUAUACCCUGUAUACCCAUGUAUACCCUGUAUACCCAUGUAUACCCUGUAUACCCAUGUAUACCCUGUAUACCCAUGUCUACCUUGUAUACCCAUGUCUACCUUGUAUAUCCUGUAUACUAUGUAUACCCUGUAUACCUUGUAUACCCUGUAUACCCUGUAUAGCCUGUAUACCCAUGUAUACCCUGUAUACCCAUGUAUAUCCUGUAUACCCAUGUAUACCCUGUAUACCUAUGUAUACCCAUGUAUACCCUGUAUACCCAUGUAUACCUUGUAUACCCUGUAUACCCAUGUAUACCUUGUACACCCAUGUAUACCCUGUAUACCCAUGUCUACCUUGUAUAUCCUGUAUACUAUGUAUACCCUGUAUACCUAUGUAUACCUUGUAUACCCUGUAUACCCUGUAUACCCAUGUAUACCCUGUAUACCCCUGUAUACCAUGUAUACCCAUGUAUACCCUGUAUACCCUGUAUACCUAUGUAUACCCAUGUAUACCUUGUAUACCCUGUAUACCCAUGUAUACCUUGUAUACCCUGUAUACCCUGUAUACCCAUGUAUACCCUGUAUACCCAUGUAUACCCUGUAUACCCAUGUAUACCCUGUAUACCCCUGUAUACCUUGUAUACCCUUUAUACCCCUGUAUACCUUGUAUACCCUGUAUACCCAUGUAUACCUUGUAUAUCCUGUAUACCCAUGUAUACCCUGUAUACCCAUGUAUACCUUGUAUACCCUGUAUACCCAUGUAUUCCCUGUAUACCUUGUAUAUCCUGUAUACCCAUGUAUACCCUGUAUACCUAUGUAUACCCAUGUAUACCUUGUAUACCCUGUAUACCCAUGUAUACCUUGUAUACCCCGUAUACUCUGUAUACCCAUGUAUACCCAUGUAUACCUUGUAUACCCUGUAUACCUUGUAUACCUUGUAUACUCUGUAUACCCUGUAUACCCAUGUAUACCCUGUAUACCCAUGUAUACCCUGUAUACCCAUGUAUACCUUGUAUACCCUGUAUACCUUGUAUACCCAUGUAUACCCUGUAUACCUUGUAUACCCUGUAUACCUAUGUAUACCUUGUAUACCCUGUAUACCCUGUAUACCUAUGUAUACCUUGUAUACCCUGUAUACCCAUGUAUACCUUGUAUACCCUGUAUACCCAUGUAUACCCUGUAUACCUAUGUAUACCUUGUAUACCCUGUAUACUCUGUAUACCCUGUAUACCCUGUAUACCCAUGUAUACCCUGUAUACCCAUGUAUACCUUGUAUACCCUGUAUACCCAUGUAUACCCUGUAUACCCAUGUAUACCUUGUAUACCCUGUAUACCAUGUAUACCCAUGUAUACCCUGUAUACCCAUGAUGAAACGCAGUGACACUCAAUAGACCUGCGCGAGAUUUUGGUUGGAGAGGAGGGGGCGGACAUACCCAGGCUACAAAUCAAUCAACUGUCAUAAGUACAUUCAUGUAAGAUUUUCCCCAUAGCAUCACACCGUGGAUAGGCCAGGACGAUCAAGUAAGAAAGACGGAACACAAAUUAAACAUUUACAUCUCGAUGUUAAUAAUCUCUACUAACAUUCUUGUGUCAUUUGUGGCGGGAUUAGAGGUGAGAGAAAAGCAGAGAGAGAUCAACAGUGGAAUAUGAAAACGAUUUAUCAACGAAUGAAGAAAUGGUGGCCUUUCCUUCUGUCGUCACACCAUCACCACCGCCGAUUACAGGACCCGAUUGGAGACAAGACGCAGAUCCUUACUUUCUACUUCCCUAUAUCCUUUUUGAUCCUCUUGGACAACAUCCGGCUUUUCGCGCCAAAAAAAGAAAAUUGUAUUGUCAUUUGUGCGCUGAAGAUGGAAGAUGUUCUUUGCUAUCAAGGGGAUGCGACAAUGAAUGGAAUAAUGCAAGAAAAGACAUCAAAUCCCCGAAUGUUGUUCGACGUUGAAAGUCCAGUGCUGCUUGUAAGCAAAGUAUAUAAAUGUGAGCAUGGUCAUGAUAUACCCGCAGGCUAUUUCCACGACACCUCAGAGGAUUUUACGUGCGUGCCAUUUGUUCUCACACACCGAUCUGGUAUGACUAUGCGAUUGUCAAAUGAAAUUGAAGAUUUAUUAGAUAGGGGAUUAGCAAUAUCGUCUGUUG